GUAUGUCAGUCUGAGACCCACAGGAACGAUGCGCGGGAGUUUGGUGUGUGUAGCAGCGGUGAUCCUCUCAUUACCGCUGCUCUCCUUCAGUCAGCCGCUCUACAUCCUCUCGGCCCCAAACAAACUGAAGCUGGGCUCUGCAGAGAGGGUGUUUGUGGAGGCGCAGGACUAUGCAGGAGCCAGUCUCAACGUCAGGAUCUCAGUCAGACGCUUUAAAGAUGACCAGCGGGAAGUGGCCAGCACAUCAGUCACGCUGACCGCUGCCAAAAACUUCCAGGAUCUGGUGGAGAUCGAGGUUCCUUCCAACUCAUUCACGUUUGACAAAGCGGCUCAGCAGUAUGCUGUUGUGCAAGCUCAGUUUCCAAACAGACUGCUGCAGAAACAGAUCUUGGUGACCUUUCAGUCUGGACACAUCGUUUUACAGACCGACAAGACCAUCUACACGCCGGACAGCACAGUUCAUUACAGGGUGUUUUCUCUGAGUCCAGACAUGACGAGGCCUUUUAAGAGUGGAGUCAGAGUGGAGAUAUUGACUCCUGACGGCAUCAGUCUUGAGAGUAAAUCUGUGUUUCCUGAUGGAGGAGUUGUGUCAGGAACAUUCGGCAUCACUGAUCCAGCCAGCCCAGGGCUCUGGAAACUUGUGGCCUGGCACAAGAACAGCCCUCAGAAAAACUUCACCAGUGAGUUUGAAGUCAAGGAAUACGUCCUGCCCAGCUUCGAGGUGUCUUUAAGUCCACACAAAGCCUUCUUCUACGUGAACGAUGACAGUCUCUUAGUCGACAUCCACGCCAAGUAUUUGUUUGGCGAGACAGUCAAUGGUCAUGGGUUUGUUGUGUUUGGUGUUGUGACUGAAGAUAAAGGAAAGAUUAGCAUCCCCGGCUCCUUACAGAGAGUGCAGAUCUGGGAUGGAAGUGGGACUGCAGAGUUGACGAAAAGGCAGAUCCUCCAGACCUUCCCUGACAUCAGGCAGCUUGUCGGCAAAUCACUGUACAUCUCAGUGAGUCUGCUAACAGUGUCUGGCAGUGAAAUGGUCGAAGCUCACAAGAGAGGCAUUCAUGUUGUGACGUCUCCUUACACCAUCUAUUUUAAACGAACACCGCAGUUCUUCAAACCCGGAAUGCCCUUCGAUGUUUCGGUCUACGUAACAAACCCUGAUGAGACGCCUGCUAAAAAUGUAGAAGUGGAGGUCAAUCCUGGAGGAGUCAGAGGUCAAACUAAAGCCAAUGGCAUUGCGAAAGUGACCAUCAACACUCCAGGAGGAUCGUCUACAUUGGAGAUCACUGCAAGGACCAGAGACCCACAAUUGACCAGCAGACAGCAAGCAGAGAAGAAGAUGACGGCUCAUGCAUACAUUCCCAAAGGUGGCUCUGGAAACUUCCUGCACAUCGGCAUUGAUGCUGCAGAGCUAAAGAUUGGAGACUCAAUGAAAGUCAAUCUGAACCUGGGAAGAAGUCCAGGAGUCAGAGAUCAAGAUUUCACCUACAUGAUUUUGAGUAGAGGUCAGAUUGUGCAAGCAGACAGAUUUAAGCGGAGAGGACAAACCCUAGUGUCUCUGUCGGUACCUGUGACCAAAGACAUGGUGCCGUCCUUCCGCUUUGUGGCUUAUUACCAUGUGGGCUCAUCUGAGGUGGUGUCUGAUUCAGUUUGGGUCGAUGUGAAGGACACCUGCAUGGGAUCGCUUAAAGUGGAAGUUCAUGAUCCGGUGGAUGUUUAUGAGCCUGGUGAAGAUUUUGAGCUGAGAAUAACAGGAGAUCCUGGAGCCAAGGUUGGGUUGGUGGCUGUGGAUAAAGGUGUUUAUGUCCUCAACAACAAACACAGAAUAACUCAAUCAAAGAUCUGGGAUGUUGUUGAGUCACACGACACUGGCUGCACAGCAGGAAGUGGAAAAGACAGCAUGCAAGUUUUCAGCGAUGCCGGCCUGCUGUUUGAGUCUAGCUCUGCAGGAGGCACCAGCGUCAGAACAAACUCUGAAUGCCCUUCCCCAUCUCGAAGAAAAAGAAGAGAAACCUUAGUAAAUCUCCACAAAACUCUAUUGGACAAGUACUCUGGCCUGACAAGGGAAUGCUGUAUAGAUGGAUUGAAGGCUUUAGAUGUUUUGGAAAUCAGCUGUGAGUAUCGGUCAACAUUCAUUGUGGAUGGAAAAGAGUGUAAAGACGCAUUCCUGGAUUGCUGCAAUCGGCUCACCAGCCAUCUCAAAGAGCCUGCUGAAGAGGAAAUAAUUCUUGCCCGAAGUGAAGAUGAGGAGUUUGUGAACUCUGAUGACAUUGUGUCACGCACGCUCUUCCCUGAAAGUUGGCUUUGGGAAGAAGUGAUGUUGCCCAAAUGUUCAGGGAACCGUCAGUGUCAAGUAACCACCUUACCCAGGAACGGACUCCAGCUGAAAGAUUCUAUAACUACCUGGGAAAUCACAGCUAUCAGCUUGUCCAACACUCAUGGUAUCUGUGUGGCAGAUGUCCAUGAGAUGGUAGUGGCGAAGAACUUCUUUAUUGACCUAAAGAUUCCAUAUUCAGCUGUGCGCAAUGAGCAGAUCGAAAUCAAAGCCAUUAUCCACAACUUAUACAGUAAGGCAGUAAAGGUACGGGUGGAACUGAAGGAAACCAAAGACAUCUGCAGCCCAGCUAGUAGUAAAGGAAGACACGCAGUCACAGUGACAGUAGCAUCUAAAUCAUCAUAUUCUGUGCCCUUCGUCAUCGUCCCGUUGGCUUUGGGACGCCAUGCCAUUGAAGUAAAGGCCGCUGCUUCCGGACGUGGGAAUGAUGGUGUCAAAAAAAACCUUUUAGUCGUGUCGGAAGGCGUUUUGAACAAGAUUAGUGAAAAUCUACAAUUUAGUCCUUUCAAGAAAGGUGGUGAAGAUGUUCAGGUUAUCAGGAGUCAUAUACUGAAGGACCAAGCGCCCAACACACCUUCAAGCACAUAUGUACAAGCAAUAGGAGAUACAAUCACUAUAACCAUUGAGAAGGCAAUUAGUGGUGCAGCCAUGGGCUCCCUGAUCAUCCAGCCCGGUGGUUGCGGGGAGCAGAACAUGAUGGGCCUAACAAUGCCUGUCAUUGCAACACAUUAUUUGGACAAAACCAAUCAGUGGCACACAGUGAGAGCUGGGCUUAGACAGACAGCUACUGACUACAUCAGGAAAGGCUACAACCAAGAGCUAGCGUAUCGUAAAUCUGACGGCUCCUUUGCUGCAUGGAAGCAUCGGCCGAGCAGCACCUGGUUGACGGCAUAUGUGGCCAAAGUGUUUGCCAUGGCCAGUGACAUCAUACACAUAGACCAGAAUGUGAUCUGCUCAGCGCUCAGGUGGCUCAUAAUGAACAGGCAGUUGCCUAGUGGAGUCUUCAGAGAAGAUGCGCCGGUUAUUCACGGAGAAAUGACGGGGAACGUUCGCGGGAGCAACUCAGAAGCGUCCAUGACGGCGUUUGUGGCCAUUGCUCUGCAGGAGGGAAGGAGCCGUUGCUUCGGCCAGGUCUCGAGUCUGGACAGUAGCAUAUAUAAAGCCAUUGCCUACCUUAAAUCUCAGUUGCAUGGACUGAUCAAUCCAUACGCAGUGGCCAUGGCAUCUUACGCUUUAGCUAAUGCAAACUCUCUCAACAAGCAAGUGCUGAUGAGUAAAGCAUCGGCAGACAGAAGUCACUGGCCUGUUCCUGGAAGCAGCAGCUUCACUCUGGAGGCUUCGUCCUACGCGCUUCUGGCUCUUGUUAAAUUGAAUGACUACCAGAACACAGCUCCCAUUGUAAACUGGCUCAACAACCAGAGGCAGUACAACGGAGGAUACGGCACCACUCAGGCCACCAUCAUGGUGUUCCAGGCGGUCGCUGAGUACAGGAUUCAUGCGAAAAACAUAAAGCAGCUGGACCUGGAGCUGUCCAUCCUUGUGGAAGGUGUUCGGCCCACUGUGUUCACCUUCAGCAAAAACAACGACCAUCUCUCACAAACAGCGAAGAUUCCCUCUAACAAAGGAAUCACCAUCAGUGCUAAGGGUUUUGGUGACGCUUCUGUAACUGUUGUGACUGAAUAUUAUGCAAAGCCAAAAGAGAGCAGCAGCACCUGCAAGAACUUUGAGUUGGAGUUGACCUUUGAAAAGGACAAUGAAGUGAGAUAUCAGGGAGCAACUGAGAGUUAUAAACUCACUAUCAACACCAGGUAUCUAUCUGCUGACAGAGACGCCACCAUGUCUAUACUGGACGUAUCAUUACUGACCGGAUUUGUUGUGGAUGAAAAUGAUUUGAAGGCGCUGUCCACUGGACGAGACAAGCUGAUUCAGAAAUUUGAGAUGAACAAGCAGCUUUCAGAGCGAGGAUCCCUCAUAAUCUACCUGGACAAGAUUUCUCACACAAGGAAAGACAGGGUUGCCUUCAGGCUGCACAGGAUUAUGAACGGAGGUUUUCUUCAGCCAGCAGCAGUCACUGUAUAUGAAUAUUACUCUAUAGAAAAUCGCUGUGUUAAGUUUUAUCAUCCCACCAGAAAGGAAGGAGCCCUUCAGAAAAUCUGUAAGAACGAUGUCUGUCAGUGUGCAGAAGAAAACUGCAGUCUUCAGAAGAAGGAGAAAAUUCAAGAGGCUCAUCGUAAUAAGAAAGCCUGUGAAUCUAAAAUCAAUUAUGUUUAUAAAGCUGUUCUUUUGGGACAAGAUGAAGACGCUUCAACAGUUUCAUACUACAUGAGGAUUCAAAGUGCCCUCAAAAUAGGUCCAGAAGAUGACGUCGAGGGUAAGCGGCGCACUUUCACAUUACAGAUCUCUUGCAAAGAAGCGCUGGAUCUGAAGCGGGGUGAGAGUUACCUGAUCAUGGGCCAGUCCGAGGACGUCCAGCUGGAAGGAAAAGUUGGUCAGUAUGCUCUGGGCGAGAGGACGUGGCUGGAGUUUUGGCCCAGCCUGGAGCAGAGCGAGACCAGCGCUGAACUCAAAGAAAAAUACAAGGGCAUGUUGAGUCUCCAGCAUGACCUGCGAUUCGGCUGCAGAUGAUCCAUCAAAACAUCCUGUAGUACAGCUUUGAGAUGCUCGCCAUUUAACAUCGCUACACAGAAAAAUCAGCACAGUUUAAUGGAUGUUAAAGAUAAAAUAUGAGCUUGUUUUGGAGUGAAUAUGCUAUUUUGCUCAGUGAUUAUAUAAUGUUUGUUUGAAUAUAAUUAAACCAUUAUUCUUAAAGCAGUGUAUUGACAAGGUUAAGCAAACUUCUGCAAUAAAAAUCAAGCAAGAUCA